GCGGCUCUUAGAUCUAUUACGUCGCCGGGCCACAUACUCCGUAAUGUAGAUUUAUCAACCUGUAAACUUGAUGACCUUCAAAAAAUCGUAAAUUUCGCUACAAAUACUAUGAAUUUUUCGCAUAAAAAAUUUCACUCUGAACCAGAACAAGAUCUUCAACUUUUUCCUGAAGAUUCAAUUGAUCCCAAGUAUUUAAUGAAUAAAAAUGUAGUAUCAAAGACCGCAUUGUGCAAGAAACAGGAAAGACAAGAUUCUGGUUAUUUGAGCGUUGAGGAAGAUUUUAAACCCGUGAUUUAUAAAGGUGAACCUUCGUUGUGA